GGCCUGGGCUGGGGCCCGCGCCACCCCCUGCGCGCCGCCCCCGCUGAGCCCGCGCCCGACUGGGCGCCGCAGGCACCAUGGUGCAGAAGUCGCGCAACGGCGGCGUGUACCCCGGCACCAGCGGGGAGAAGAAGCUCAAGGUGGGCUUCGUGGGGCUGGACCCCGGCGCGCCGGACUCCACUCGCGACGGCGCGCUGCUCAUCGCCGGCUCUGAGGCUCCCAAGCGCGGAAGCGUUUUGAGCAAGCCGCGGGCGGGUGGCUCGGGAGCCGGGAAGCCUCCGAAGCGCAACGCCUUCUACCGCAAGCUGCAGAAUUUCCUCUACAACGUGCUGGAGCGGCCCCGCGGCUGGGCAUUCAUCUACCACGCCUACGUGUUUCUCUUAGUCUUCUCCUGCCUCGUACUGUCCGUGUUUUCCACCAUCAAGGAGUACGAGAAGAGCUCAGAGGGUGCUCUCUACAUCUUGGAAAUCGUGACCAUCGUGGUGUUUGGUGUUGAGUACUUUGUGAGGAUCUGGGCCGCAGGCUGCUGCUGCCGAUAUCGCGGCUGGAGGGGCAGGCUCAAGUUUGCCAGAAAGCCCUUCUGCGUGAUUGACAUCAUGGUGCUCAUCGCCUCCAUUGCUGUGCUGGCUGCCGGCUCCCAGGGUAACGUCUUUGCUACAUCUGCACUUCGGAGUUUGAGGUUCCUGCAAAUCCUACGGAUGAUCCGGAUGGACCGGAGGGGCGGCACCUGGAAGCUCCUGGGAUCGGUGGUCUAUGCCCACAGCAAGGAGCUGGUGACUGCCUGGUACAUCGGCUUCCUCUGCCUCAUCCUGGCCUCGUUUCUGGUGUACCUGGCAGAAAAGGGCGAGAACGACCACUUUGACACCUAUGCGGACGCUCUCUGGUGGGGCCUGAUCACCCUGACCACCAUUGGCUACGGGGACAAGUACCCUCAGACCUGGAAUGGGAGGCUGUUGGCAGCGACGUUCACCCUCAUUGGUGUCUCAUUCUUCGCCCUUCCUGCCGGCAUUCUGGGAUCCGGCUUUGCCCUGAAAGUCCAAGAGCAGCACCGGCAAAAACACUUUGAGAAGAGGCGGAAUCCUGCAGCAGGUUUGAUCCAGUCGGCCUGGAGAUUCUAUGCCACUAACCUCUCGCGCACGGACCUGCACUCCACGUGGCAGUACUACGAGCGCACAGUCACCGUCCCCAUGUACAGCUCACAAACUCAAACCUAUGGGGCCUCCAGACUCAUCCCACCUCUGAACCAGCUGGAGCUGCUGAGGAAUCUCAAGAGCAAAUCUGGACUCACCUUCAGGAAGGAGCCACAACCAGAGCCAUCACCAAGUAAAGGCAGACCGUGCCGAGGGUGCCUGUGUGGAUGCUGCCCCGGACACUCUAGUCAGAAGGUCAGUUUGAAAGAUCGUGUCUUCUCCAGCCCCCGAGGCGUGGCUGCCAAGGGAAAGGGGUCUCCCCAGGCCCAGACGGUCCGGCGGUCCCCCAGUGCCGACCAGAGCCUCGAUGACAGCCCAAGCAAGGUGCCUAAGAGCUGGAGCUUCGGUGACCGCAGUCGUGCCCGCCAGGCCUUUCGCAUCAAAGGUGCUGCGUCCCGGCAGAACUCCGAAGAAGCAAGCCUCCCUGGGGAGGACAUCGUGGAGGACAACAAGAGCUGUAACUGCGAGUUCGUGACUGAAGACCUCACCCCUGGCCUCAAAGUCAGCAUCAGAGCUGUGUGUGUCAUGCGGUUCUUGGUGUCUAAGCGAAAGUUCAAAGAGAGCCUGCGCCCAUACGACGUGAUGGAUGUCAUCGAGCAAUAUUCGGCUGGACACUUGGACAUGCUGUCCCGCAUCAAGAGCCUGCAGUCCAGGCAAGAGCCCCUGCCUGUCCAGUCUGGGCAUGAACAGGGCCCUCCGGGACAAAACCAGGCGUGGCACAAGGGGCAUCAAGGGCUGGGUGACAAGAUAGAUAUGAUUGUGGGCCCCCCACCCCCUUCAACUCCCCGGCACAAGAAGUACCCUACCAAAGGACCCACGGCCCCUUCGAGAGAGUCACCCCAGUACUCACCUAGAGUGGACCAGAUUGUGGGGCGGGGCCCAACAAUAACGGACAAGGACCGCACCAAAGGCCCAGCGGAGACAGAGCUGCCUGAAGACCCCAGCAUGAUGGGACGGCUUGGGAAGGUGGAGAAACAGGUCUUGUCCAUGGAAAAGAAGCUCGACUUCCUGGUGAGCAUCUACACGCAGAGAAUGGGCAUCCCGCCAGCAGAGACAGAGGCCUAUUUUGGGGCCAAGGAGCCUGAGCCGGCACCACCCUACCACAGCCCAGAGGACAGCCGCGAACACACAGACAAGCAUGGCUGUAUCAUUAAGAUCGUCCGCUCCACCAGCUCUACAGGCCAAAGGAACUACUCUGCACCCCCAGCCAUGCCCCCUGCCCAGUGUACCCCAUCCACCUCUUGGCAGCAGAGCCACCAGCGCCACGGCACCUCCCCUGUGGGAGACCAUGGCUCACUGGUACGCAUCCCGCCACCCCCGGCACACGAGCGGUCUCUGUCUGCCUACAGUGGGGGCAACAGGGCCAGUACCGAGUUCCUGAGGCUGGAGGGCGCCCCGGCCUCCAGGCCCUCUGAGGCUGCCCUGCGGGAUAGCGACACGUCUAUUUCCAUCCCCUCCGUGGACCAUGAGGAGCUGGAGCGCUCCUUCAGUGGCUUCAGUAUCUCACAGUCCAAGGAGAACCUGGAUGGCCUGGGCAGCUGUUACGCAGCCGUGGCACCGUGCGCUAAGGUCAGGCCCUACAUCGCAGAGGGGGAGUCUGACACAGACUCAGACCUCUGCACGCCGUGCGGGCCCCCUCCACGCUCUGCCACCGGUGAGGGCCCCUUCGGAGAUGUGGCUUGGGCAGGGCCCAGGAAGUGAGACUGGGCUGGGCUGCUGAGGCCCCACCCCCUCAGGCCACACCCACUCUCAUUCCUGGUUUGGAGCAGGAGUUCCACUCCAGGGCCUUUCCUAAAGCGUCGGAAUGACAUAGGGUAGUGUGGGCUGUGAGGGUGGUCAUUGGAUCUGGCUCUCAGGGCUCAUGUGGAGUGGAGAUGGGGUAGGACUCCUCGGUACAUGUGAUAACAUUUUAUAGAAGUUCUUUCCCAACCAGGAGAGAGAGGUUGAGGCCGGGCCCUGGAGGCCCCAAGAGCUACCUAUGGCAGCAAAGCUAGCCCUGCCUAGUCUUCUGCAGGACAGCUAUUGCCCUGUGAGUGAGGAGGGACCGAGGGAUGCUAGCACCUGUGAGUGUGUG